CAUUAUCAAGAACAAAUAUCACAAGUAAACAAAUAAAUAAGAAACCUCGCAAAAAUCAUCGGCACAUGGCGACGCAGCACUGCGCAGCGAUGCAAUCGUACAAUUCGGAGCUGAUGAAAUGUGUGGAGGAAUUGAAGGUGACUCGGAACAAUAUUCAAUCACAAAUCGAGGCUGAAGAGGAGGAAAAAAAUAAUCUGCAAAAGGAAGUUGAGAGAAUGACCUAUCGCAUAGGACAGCUGAACGAGAGUUUGACAAAAAAGGCUGCCGCGAGGACUGACUACGAUAGAACAAUUCAGGAAACCGAAUCUGCGUAUACCAAGAUUUUAGAGAGCUCUCAGCUUCUGUUGAACAUGGUCAAGAGAGAAGCCACUUGCCUUGAUCAAACGCUCCACGCAGUUCAGGAAAGAGCGGGCUCAUAGAGAAUGUAUACCGUUAUAACACAAAGGAAUAAUCACGAGCUUAAAUAAAACGGCGAAGAUUUGGAGAGAUUGAAAAACAU